AAUACGUCGGGCUUCUAAUUGCCGGUAUUUAUAUUCCCAGAGCGUCCGCGUCCAUUUUCGCUGUUGUUCAAAGGGACCGUGAAGCAAUUUGCCGAAUGUGUUUCUGACGCUUCUCAGUAGCUUACUCUCGUGAGGCUGAUUGCUUGGUUUCCAGACCUCGUCACCUUGGUGGUGGAUUUGUAAGGAUAUAUUUAGCCUAUCUCGUUUGGGAUAUUGCCAUUUGAGCAAGAGAAGACGCAAACGGAAAAUCAAAUUGGAUUGCCAGGUUCCCAGGAAGAUGCGGCUGUGAGCUUGCUCAGAGUGCUGAUCCUGUGGGUCUUCAUCUGAUCGUGAUCAUGGGGAUAUGGCCAGGUGGUGUCCGGGCCUGCAUUGCAGGCCAGGAGAACUGCUCUGCCAACAAUGAGUCCAAGGACUACUGUUACUCAGCCCGUAUCCGCAGCACCGUGCUUCAGGGCCUACCCUUUGGAGGGGUCCCCACCGUCCUCGCGCUGGACUUCAUGUGCUUCCUGGUGCUUCUCUUUGUCUUCUCAAUAUUGCGGAAAGUGGCCUGGGAUUAUGGACGCUUGGCAUUGGUGACAGACGCUGACAGAUCGAAGAAGCGUUUCAGCGGAUUGGAGGAGCGGGAAUAUGUUGCCUCAGCUCUGCAUUCUGAAACGCCAGACCGCUAUGAGCGUCUCACUUCAGUCUCCAGCUCUGUCGACUUCGAUCAACGGGAUAACGGCUUCUGUUCCUGGUUAACUGCCAUCUUCAGAAUAAAGGACGAGGAGAUCCGGGAGAAGUGUGGUGAGGACGCCGUGCAUUACCUUUCCUUCCAGCGCCACAUCAUUGGCCAGCUGGUGGUUGUUGGGGUUCUGUCUGUGGGCAUCGUCCUGCCAGUCAACUUUUCUGGAGACCUUUUGGAAAAUAAUGCAUACAGCUUUGGGCGGACCACUAUAGCAAACCUGAAGUCUGGGACUAACCUCUUGUGGCUCCACACUUUGUUUGCGUUCAUAUACCUGCUUCUGACUGUGUACAGCAUGAGACGACACACGUCCAAGAUGCAUUACAAGGAGGACGACCUGGUGAAACGCACUUUAUUUAUCAAUGGGAUCUCCAAAUAUGCCGAAGAGGUCCACAUAAAACAACACUUUGAACAAGCCUAUGAGAACUGCAUUGUUCUGGAUGCUCGAAUCUGCUACAACGUAGCCAAACUCAUGUCCCUGAAUGCUGAGAGGAAGAAGACAGAGCGCAGUUUAAAGUUCUUCACUGAUCUCAUGGCCAAAGAGCACAUGCCCACCAUGAUCAACCCCAAGCCCUGUGGCCACCUCUGCUGCUGUGUCAUCAAAGGCUGUGAGCAGGAAGAGGCGGUGAGCUUCUAUACUAAGCGGGAGGCCAAACUGAAGGAGGAGUACAGAAAGGAGAAAGAGAAGGUGAACACCAAACCUCUUGGCAUGGCGUUCGUCACUUUCCAGAAUGAGGCCAUGACUGCAAUAAUCCUAAAGGACUUCAAUGCCUGCCAAUGCCAUGGCUGCACAUGCCGCCAAGAGCCCAGGUCAUCCCAGUUCAGUGAAAGUCUCCACAUCUACAACUGGAGUGUGAGCUAUGCUCCUGACCCUCAGAACGUGCGUUGGGAGCACUUAUCGUUGGGGGGGAUUUCCUGGUGGAUUCGCUGCUUCAUCAUCAACUGCAUCCUUUUCCUCCUGCUCUUCUUUCUCACUACACCCGCCAUCAUUAUCUCCACGAUGGACAAGUUUAACGUCACCAAGCCUGUGGAGUAUCUCAAUAACCCCAUCGUCACCCAGUUCUUCCCCACUUUGCUCCUGUGGGCUUUCUCUGCCCUGCUGCCCACCAUCGUCUACUACUCUGCUUUCUUCGAGAAACACUGGACGAGGUCGGGGGAGAACCGGACCACCAUGCACAAGUGCUACACCUUCCUCAUCUUCAUGGUCCUCUUGCUGCCUUCACUGGGUCUUAGCAGUUUGGAUGUCUUCUUCCGCUGGUUGUUUGAUAAGAAAUUCCUUGCUGACGCCACUGUCAGAUUUGAGUGUGUCUUCCUCCCUGACAACGGAGCCUUCUUUGUCAACUAUGUCAUCGCCUCAGCAUUUAUCGGUAACGCCAUGGAUCUGCUGCGGAUUCCAGGCUUGCUGAUGUAUAUGAUCCGACUGUCCCUGGCCCGUUCCUCUGCAGAGAGGCGUAACGUAAAGAGGCAUCAAGCGUUUGAAUUCCAGUUCGGAGCGGCCUACGCCUGGAUGAUGUGUGUCUUCACUGUAGUUAUGACGUACAGCAUCACCUGUCCAAUCAUCGUCCCCUUUGGUCUGAUGUACAUGCUGCUGAAGCACCUGGUGGAUAGAUACAACAUGUAUUACGCUUACCUUCCCUCGAAACUGGACAAGAAAAUCCACUCGGGUGCUGUCAAUCAGGUGGUGGCAGCUCCGAUCCUCUGUCUCUUUUGGCUGCUAUUCUUUUCCACCAUGCGCACAGGCUUUGUGACCCCCACGUCCAUGUUCACUUUGGUGGUCCUAAUCAUCACCAUUGUGGUAUGCCUGUCGCACGUCUGCUUCGGCCACUUCAAGUACCUCAGCGCUCACAACUACAAGGUACGGGUCACUGUGCUCAAGAUUGACACCAAGGAAACUGAUGUUGACGUGGUUGAAAAUGGCCGCCCACCACUCCGCACCUUCUCUCCUUCUAAUAAGUCUCAGCAACCAACGUAUAUUGCCCAGGUCUUACAGGACCCAAUCACGGAUGAGGCUUACACAGGCAGUGGGGAGGAAGAUCGGGGGUCCUCACAGGAUGAGGAGAUCAACGCUGGGAAUAGUCUCAAUGAAGCUGAUUUCCAGUCAGGUGAAGACAGCCUCAUAGCCAACGAGGUCCACCAGUAACACCACUAACUGAGAAGGGGAAAGAGAGACAGUUGGUGAGAGAGGGAUUUUGGAGAGGAUGAAUGCCAGACAAGAACAACAAACCACCAACUUCACUUUGGAAUCUAAAACCAUCUGCACCUUUUUUCGGUUGUGCCUCUGCACAUUGGCAUUACCAGAAAAUGCCUGAUACACUCACAUGGUAUAAUUGUGAGUGGUUUUGUUAAGCCUAAUUUGGAGCUUGUCUGUGCGGAUUCUUCAAAGUCCCCUCUCAGUGUAUUUUGAACACCUAUCUGCGCUAUAUGAAUCUGGGCGUUGACGCCCCUUGUUUUAUUUAUUUAUCUACUGGAGUCCUACACUUUUUGGAGCUUCUAUGGAGCACCAGUCCAACACUGGUUUUCAUCAAACCCAAAAAGAUGGAGUCCCAGGAAAGAAACCAUAUACAAUAGGCUAGGCUUUGUACAUAUCCCAAAGUAUGCCAACCGUUUUUGUGUCUCUUAUUGGGAAGAGGGGGUCAAAAUCGUACCUGGUUUGGGAUUCUUUUCAUCCAUGUUUCCUUACUUGUGUGUUUAACUACUAAAUCCCAAUCAGGGUGGCUCAGGACUGGUGAAGAGGUCAUGAAAAUUAGGCCACAAAACCGCCAAUGAAAUCCUGCUCCAAGCACAGGUCCCAUGAACUUUUAUGGGUCUACAGACUCAUACCCAAACUAAACUUGGUUCAUUCUUGUCAACGGGCAAAGCACCCUGCAUUAGGUCUUCUUUCUCAUAGUUUAUGAACAAAAUGACUUGCUUGCCCCUUUUUCUUUGAUAUCUUCUGUUCGUCAUAAGAUAUUCACUCUGCCACUGAACAUCCUAGCUAGUGGUUGGAGACGCCAUCUUAACGUGACAUAAUGUUUUGAUACGUUUUUUUAUUUUAUUUUAUUUCACUUCAUAUGUCUCACGUCACUGAAUGGGCACUGUUGGAUGAUAUCAGGGCCAUCACAUCGGCCCUCUAUGGUGUCAUAGACAUUCCAAAGACGGCAGUGGGCAUGGCAUGCUAAACAGCCAACAGACCAGGCUCCGCUCAGUUGGAUUGUGGUGUUUCUGGUGUGACUUGUGUUGUCAUGACGUGUCUACAGUCCUCCUGCCUGUGAUGCCCUGUAAGUCACCUGGUCUCUCUGCUCCCCUCCACCCUGUCCCUCUCAGUUUCCAAAGGGUCAGUCAUGGAUGGCUUGGUGACUCUUACAGCCACUGACUUGUACAGUUUUUUAUUUAUUUUAUUUUAUUUUAUUUUUUAUUUCACCUCUACUACCUUAAACAUAUGAAAUAGGAAGCUAAUUUUCUUGUCAGCGCAUAGUUCAGUAGGCAACUUCUACUCUAACUGGGUUCUGUUCACCUUGGAGAACUUGAACAUUUGCACAAUUGUUCAAUAGUUUAGCUUAUGUUGUAGAUCCAGGGAAAAGCAGUGCUUUUGCACUUGAUCAUGACCUUUUUAAGCCUGGAGUUUUCAGCACUCCUGUAAGAGGGUAUCUGUAUGGGUUCUGUCUGUGUUUAUGCGCACUAACAGUAGAUCAAUACAUGAGAAGGAUUUCAAGGUCAACUACAGAUUUAGUCUAUAGGUAGGAAAAAAAUAGGUUUACAAUUACUUUCAUGCGCGUGCAGCAUUAAAAUAUUUGUUUAGUUUUUGUAGUCAAGCCUUGUCUUUCGUCCCACAGGGAACACAAAACAAAAAAAAAGGUUUCAAUUGUGAGGACCCACUUUGUGUUUGUUGACUAUGGUCAUCAGCUGGUGCCUGUUGUUUUGAGACAAAAAGUGUUCAAAGAGAAACUAGACCGAGGGGUGGGUGGGGGCACUGGGAGACAUGAAGAAACUGGUCUUGCCUCAAGUUGUACUCUCUACCCUUAAAGUCCUCCAAUCAGAAGUACGCUGAGGUGAGCUAAAUUAUAUGCAUCUCUAGAGGAGCCAAGUCCCAAUGAAUUAGCUGUUUUUGUAUGCUUCCUCUCAGAGGGAAUAGUAAUGAAGUGUAGAUGAAGAAAUGUAGCCUUAGUAAAGUAUUUUGCUCCUCAGGAGUCAUACUUAUGGAAGAUAAUUGUUCAGAUAUACAGCACCAAUGAAUAGCGACGCUUCCAUUAAUUUUUUUUCACAUCAGUUUGGGUGCAGUGCGUUUUCAUGCACUUGGAUAAAAAGUACCAUUAAGUUGUCUCUGAUUGAAGUGCAAUCAGCCAGGUGUCUGGUUGAGAACAAAGUGACAUCAUGGGCUGGCCCUUCUGGCUUAGAUGUCAGCCAUCUUUGUUUUGCACUUUCUGGAACAGAACUGUGGUAUUAAGGCCAGGAUCUAUUUUGGCCCUCAGCCUCUUUUCUCAGCCCGCAUAGCAACUACUCAUUUGGUGUUCACAGUUAUACCCUGGGAAAGUGUGAUGACAUUUCAAAGCCAGUGUUCACUCUCUUUUCUAAAUGGACUUCAAGCACAAAACACAUGAAAACACAAUCAAAUACUUCUAUAAAAGGCAUUGGGUAGAAAUAAAUGAAUGCACAAAUACGUAUAUAAUUUCAUACAUAUCUUAAAUUACCACGUUUUCAUGAAUUUGAUAUAAUCCUGUCAAAAACAGAAAAAAGUGGAUAACAGAACAAAGGCAGAAAUAGAUGCAACUUUCCCAGCAUAUUAAAUCACUGGGUAAGUAUAGUCAAUAUACAGCAGUGAUGGCUCUAUCUCCCAAAUACUGUUAAGUGGAGCAUUCAAAGUAUUUAUUUAUUAACCCAGCCAGUCCUUUCAGAUCUGUGAACACCAUAGGGAUAGGGCCAAAUGGAAGAGGCUAGGGACACACAUUUUACCAGGCCCAAGAGUGUGGCUCCACUGACUAGUCCAACAGAUGAGGUGCACUGAUAGUGAAGGUCUGCUAGAGGUCACUGUAUACCUGUGUUUUUUUAUUACUAUAAUUAUCAUGUUUUGGAACGGGACGAAUCGUCUCUUUGCAAAAUAAUUUGUUGUAACAAAAAAAGGAUGCAAUAGCAACAAGGAACAUGCAAUAGCAACACGUGCGACAUUCAGCAAAGAAAUAGAACUAGAGCAGUAACUUAAGGAAAUGUUGAAGUCCUCAGGUGUACUUUUUAUUUUUAUUACAUCUGUGUUUUUUUGUUGUUUUUUUAACAUUGUAUUAGUUGUUUUCAACUUUAAGCAUUUUGAUCUGUUGACUAAGCUAAUCUAUGAAAGCUGUGGCUAUUGGUAACAUUAGUAGCUUUCUAUCAGAGGAUUUUUUUUGCCAUGGCUGUCUUGUUAUUAGCAGCACAUGUUCCUCUGUAGACACACUGAAAUUACCAUUGUAUUGUGGUUUGUCCCUGUUUGAAAACCAUAGCUACAUGCUGGAGAUAUUGUAGCUGUUCUGUGUCUACUCUGUUCUGUAACUUCUGUUUCCCUUUUUAAGUGAGUGUGCACUAAGACGCCGUUCAUGAUUUGUAUGCACACUAACACAAGACUUAACAAUAAUCCAGUGAAAGUACAUUUUCCUGACACUAUAGGAAAUCUUGUUAUAGAGGCUUGCUUGCUAGCUAAUAGACGGUCUCUUUCUCAAUGGAAAUUAAGUUACUUUACAGUAACAGUAUUCUACAGUGACGAAAAAGGCUUUGAGAUAUUUUUGUAAAUCGCAAAAGGAACUGUGUUCAGUGACACAGCCUAUUCCAGAUUUGAUACCGAUUAUGUUGAUAGCUGUGACAAUGCUGUUACAUGUAUUGGGAUUUUUUAUUUAUCAUGAACUGAUUUUUUAUUUUAUUUUAUAAUUGUUGCUAAGGAUUUAAGUUAUGAAAAGAAGAAUGUGAUCUAAAAAAUAAACAUGUCAAAUGCUUGGAUAGAAGGAUUGGGAUUGGGAAUGGUUUGCUUAAAGUUUAUGAUUAGAUGUCAAUAUAUAUUUUUUGUAAAUAGCCAUCAUAAUUCCCUAUUAAAUAAUGGUAGUGUUAUAGAGCACAUAAUCUACAGUUUCUAUAAAACAUGAAUAUUGGUAGGGAUACAUAUAAAUACAGCAAAUGGUCACACGUUUGUUUGUUUUGAAGCCUCUGCUAACAUUCAUGCUGGUUCCAUUCACUAAGACAACUAAGGAAAGUUUAAUUUGAUGCUGUAGAUUUGUCAGGUUGUCUAUACUAUUUAUUUUGACUUUUGUCCAAAGGUCUGUAUGGUGAAGCAUUUGUCAAAAUCUGUUCCUUGAUCAAUAAAAUCGUCAUUCAUCCUU